CGGUUCAGAAGAGAAGAGUUCAUCAGUUUACACACAUACCACCGGAAAUACGGUGCUGUCUGUCUUAAUGAAUACAGCACCCUCCACACACACACACACACGUGAAUACACGCAUUCACCAGUGCAGACAUACAUACAUACAUCCCCGCUCAAAUGCGAUGCGCCGACCCAAGUCUGAGCCAGCGAGCACACCACCACACAGAGAGAGAGAGAGAGGGGGGCAGGAAUGGGUGUCUCAUCCCUCACCCCCGUGUACACCCUAUCACUGGACAUACACAUACAUACAUACAUACAUACGAUACAUGACCCACAAGCAGCCAACCAGCCCAUCCCUCGUCUCCGCUACACAUAUGAUUGCUCAGCACAGGCUGCCGACGGACGGCAGCCACGAGAUGGACCCUGUUUCUUUGCUGGUGCGGCCAGGAGAAGCGACAGAACCAGGCGGAUUAAGCAGAAGGCCAUGGCGAGACCGAAGAGCCAGAGGAGUGAGUAGGAACUCACAGACAGGGCCAUCACACACAGAAAGGGCACAGCGACACACCGCACACACACAUACACACAUACAUAUGCACACGGAUAGUUACUGCACACCCACAUGACCGUUCUAUGUACAAUGACACACACCAUCCACACACGUACAACAAUCCGCUCCAGACGGCUCAGGACCCACUAAGACGAAUAAAUAAAUAACGUAAAAGACGCCUUCGAUCACCAUCAGCGCGACGUGCACAGCGACGAUCUCUAGGCACACCCUGCUGAAGGCACCCUCAGGGCUGUUGAACCGUGCGAGAGGCAGGAGACACAGCACCACGAUUAUUAUAGACACGACGCCGACUAUGGCCGCUGGCUCGAUUUCCCACGUCCAAAGCAGGAGGUGGAACCAAGCUGCCACCGCUACACCGAAGAUGGCGUGGGGGACCGCAAUGCGCAGAGCUUGGAAAGACCCCGGAGAGAGAGCCCACGCAGAGAGCACCUUGGACAGGCGCCAGACGAACGCUGCAAGGGGUGCGAGGUAAGACAGGGCGGACAUGAGUGCCCAUGCCCAUGCCGUGAGGGACUCAGGAGCGAUGAGAUGGGUCAGGAAGAGGCCAGGGAUCAUGAACCACAGAUGAUGGACCAGCACCACCACGUAGAAGUCAAUGGAACGGAACUGAACAGGGAAAAGAAGACACACAAAGCGAGGAACAGAUGCCGUGACACCCGACGUAUUUUCCCGUCCGUCUGUCUAUCUCUCAGUCUCACCCUAUUGAUCUUCAGUUGCUCCUCAGGUGGGAAUGUAGCCACCGCUUCACCCAGUCGUUGUUCUGGCGUCUGGGAAGCCGCAGCUGGCAUCUGUCUGGCGGACGCGACAGGGGAGGCGCCAGACGACGCAUCCAGUGUUCCGGAGGUGGACAUGGGGGAGAUCUCGCCCAGCUCCAGGUCCAGGUCCGUGGGCUCCGCUGCCAUGAUGACUUCUGCAAAACGAGAAAGCUGAGAAGCUGACAGAUGAAGGCGUGAUGCGAGAGAAGUAAGAGGUGAGGAGAGGAGGAGAGAGAGGGGGAGAGAGGGGAGGUGAAUAAUCUAUCCGCC